AUGGGGACCGUUCAAAAUGUGGCCAUAGCCGUUCUAGUUCUUUCCUUUUUUACAUUCGUUGCUUUCUUCGGUAGACUUCCAGCAUUAAGGAAUACACCCAUAGGUAGUUUACAUCGAGUGAUAUGGGUUCAUAUUCCUCGUGGCUUCAAAGCUGUAGAUAAGAGGUUGACCAAUGGUCGUCUCAGUGCUUCAGUAGGAAGACUUGCUCAUACAUUAUGGAAUGACCGCCAUCCCGUCGUUAUGAUAUUUUUUAUUCUCCUCCUUGCCAUAGCCGAAAUUAUGUUCUUACCUCCAGCAUGGCCAUUUAUGAGCACUUCUCGCAAAAUAAAGGCAGUUAUCGCUUUGAUAUUACCAUAUGGUUUCCUCUAUCUAGCAGCAUCUCGUGAUCCAGGCUAUAUCACACCUUCAAACCACGUCGAUCAAAUGAGUAUUUAUCCUUACGACUACACUAUUUUUCAUCCCGGUAACUCUUGUCGAACCUGUCAUUUACUCAAACCCGCCCGGUCCAAGCAUUGUCAUGUUUGUAAACGUUGUAUCGCAAAAUGUGAUCACCACUGCAUUUUCAUCAAUAGUUGCGUUGGUUACAACAACCAACACUGGUUUCUCCUCUUGCUUCUUACCACUGGAAAUUUAACCACUUAUGCUGUGUACGUUGGUAAUUCUAUUCUUUCCACCUUCAUCACAGCAGAAUACCCGGAUUGGUCCUUUGCUGGAAUCGGUUUUACCUGGUCUCGUUACUUUUCAAUUUGGGGAUGGUCUCUCCAAGAACAUACUCGGAUUGGUUCCAUAACGCUUCUCUGUUUCCUCAUCACCCCAUUAGUCUACGGUCUCUUCUCGUAUCAUAUUUAUCUGAUCUGGUGCGGUACCACCACCAACGAAAGUAUGAAAUGGUCCGACUGGGGUCUUGAAAUGUCCGAAGGCUAUGUUUUCAAACGUUGCCUUCCCGAAAAUCGAGAGAAAAACUUACGAAUAGAACCACCAUGGACGCAUUGGCCGGCAGAAAGUCAACAAAUUGUUUUGCGUACAGCGGAUGGACAAAACCCCGUAGGAGAUAUUGGACAUGGCGAAUGGGAAAGGGUUUGGAGUUUAAGGGACAUUGAAAAUUUGUAUGAUAUUGGAUUUGUGGAUAAUUUGAAAGACGUAUUUAUUGGGAGACGAGGUGUGUAUCAUAGAGUGGAUGGAGGAGAUAGUUUACCGUUAGAGGGAACGAGAGGUAGACUCUCUGCAUGA